AUGAAGCAGCGAAUAACAUAUCUUGUCCCGAAUCCGGAUGACUUCCAUCCAGACUUGCUGGAGGUGGAAAGUGCAAGUCUUUCGGUGAGGGAUUUGAAGGCUGCGAAGGAACACCGCCUCACAUUGGCGUUGAGUGAGCUUCCGUCGGAGUUGCGCAAAGCGUUUGAGCAAUGGCACGAGCUGCAUAUUCGCUGGGCAUCAGAAACCCCUUACUCGGCUCCCCCACCAUUUACCUCCCGUGUGUCUCCUGGCCUGCAUGUAUUCUUCACGCCUCAGGAAGACAAAUCUGAAGGCCCAAUCUGUGCUCUUCUGAGGGAAGUCUUCGGUCAGGAGAUAUCAUGCGACGACCCCCAGGAAGCAUUUACCAAGCUCCCCAUACUCUCUGAACGCUUCUCCGUGUCCGCAUCUUCGCAGUUCUAUGCCUAUGUUCGUUCUUCAGCACAUUUCGCACAGUACGUCGCAGAAAGAAUAUGCCCGCCUUCAUCAACACCCUGCAAGGCAGCAGCCGCCUCCUUGAACUGGGCGUCGUAUAUCGACAUCGACUAUGAUGCCAUAUCCCACGCCAUAAUUCUCAACGCCUUUUGGGCGAGAGCGCCCAGAUCUUCCGGCUGGUCGGAAACGACGCAUCUGCCCGGCGGACAGGACACGAUUGAGAUUGGUGUGCUGAACCAUGAGACGAAUCCAGAUCCCGAGGACAUCGCUUUCUCCGGCUUUUUGACUGUCUUGGGCCAAGACACGAAGCCUAAGCCGACACGCUUCCAAACUCCCACCCGCCACUACCCUCUCCCAGCAACCCACUCCAAACAAACGUACACCACCUCCUUCCAACACCCAACAGGCCUGCAUCCCACCUUGAUCAUCACUCUCCCCACCCGCCACCUCCAACCACCAGCAGAGACGUGCAAACUCCACACCUACCUCACCCUCCCGUCCUACCUCUUCCUCGACCGCUACCCCUUCCGCGACGACCCCGUCUUCCUCUCCGCGCACAACAUCGCCGGUCUGCGCAGUCUAUCCGGUGCCACGGACCUCGAAGCCCCGGACUGGGUAAUCGGUGCCUGGGGCAGUGCGGCCUUAUUCGAGAUCGCAAUUCCUCCCAGUAAUAAGAAGCAGAAUACCCACCUCAACGUCACCAUCCCCCUCCACCUGCGCUACCUCCCCGCCCAAAACGCCUCGCACACGCGCGUCCCCGUCCCCUGGCCCAUUGUCUUCUGGGCCUGCAACGCGGAGGAGGGGACCAAGAUGUCAUCGAAUCCCUUUGAUAGACGGCAUCUGGGCUUCGAGGGUUUGUUCGGCGUGCGCACGCGAUUCGUGCAUGUUCCUCCUGCUAUCAGCAGCGGUGGGGAUGGGAAUGGGAAGUUGGUGGAGUGGAUCGAUGUCCCUGUUUUGGAUCUUAGGGGCGCGAGGUGGGUGGAGGUGGGGACUGUGGGAGCAGUGGUGCUGGCGUUUUUGGGAAUUUGCUGGGUUUUAUUUUGGGGUGGGAGUGGAAAGGCAACGAGAAGUGUUGCGCGGGAGAAGAAGAAGCAGUGAAGAGGUAGAGGAAAGGAAAGGUAGAUGGGUGGAAGAAAAGCUAGCUGUUGCAUCGUACGGUAACGGGUUUCAAGGUUUCAUGGUUUAUGGGGUUGUUGACUUAUGCAAUCCGAUGUGCGAAUAUGAUCAAUUGAUGCUUGUUACCGCACAAUGCAUCCGGGGUAUACCUUUUCUAUCCCACUAUUAUACAAGUCAAACC